AUGUCGCCUCUGUUUGCAACAGGGUCGGCGCCGGCCCCGAAAGUGCAAAUAUCCAUGGGGGAGCUCCCAGGAUACGUUUCAUUUUCUCAAGCGCCGACCAAGAGACCUCCAUGGCACACUAUCCGUGAGGUAUCGUAUAGCAGUUCUGCGACUAUCAUGCUACCGGAUGACUUACACCACCUGCUCUGGGAUAGCGCCACAGCAGAGAUAUCGAGACCAAAGUAUGCGAAGGUCAUCAUGAGGCUUGAAGAGGUGCUCAAAGGAGAGUUCUUCACUGAAUACAUAAAGAAAGGAAAUGUUCUCAUGAUCUCUGAGGGAGAACCCGGCGUUGACGACAGCUUCUCACUAAAAGAGGGAAUGCUGCGCAUGGAACUUUCGAAAGCCUCUUAUGAGAGAGCCGGCCUGCAGGGUGUACCCGUGUCAACUUCCGGUGGUAGAAAGCAUGUCAAAUCAAGAUAUCUCGUUGAGAUCAACCUCCGCCUUCCCUCAAUGUUGCGUGGCAAGCCAGGAUUCGAUCGCCUGGUGUGGGCUGCACAGCAUACUCUGAACAGGAGUCUAAACUGGCUCUUCCUGAAUUUGGAUGCAGAUCUCGACAAAACCCCUUUAGGACCUCUGAGUGCACAUUAUCCGACUGUCCAAACAUUGACGUGUUCUGUACGAGAACUGUCGGACGUCCUAGGCCCCUCAGUGCUUACUGAUUUCCCUGGCCACUCCCCGGCUCUGUCCCAGGAUGAAACUCAAGAGUCAAUAUAUGAAAUCCUAGAAUACCUCGAUAUGGUCGCGCUUGCUUCACCACGAUUAAAGGCUACAGACCAAACCGACUCUUUCAUCAGCCGUUAUGUUGUGCCUGAUGCCUCGGAAAGCUCCAACACGGUCAAAGUCCUGACCUGGAACGGCCUAAUAAACUCAAGAUGGAUCUUAGAGAUGGUAUGCUCAAUCAUUGUUCGCAGGUGUCGUUGUAAGUCUACACACGUUCACGUUACUGAGUUGAAGCCGGACAGCAAGCACUCGCGAGUUCGAAACCUCCAGACUCUUGCCAUUGAACGACAUUGGCUCGCAAUCAGUGUCUCUUCGUUCAAGACGCAAGCCCUUCACCAGAUCGAUGGAUACACUAUCCUACUCCAGCCUACUCGCAGUGAUGGGCCAUCGCAAGGUGCCAGGCAUGAUGGCGGUGGCUCGCCAAAGACGAGAGAAGACGAAACAGAGAUGGUUGAUGAAGACCGAGAGGACACGCAUACUGGUGGCAUAAUUGCCCCGGAAAUUGGCACAACCAGCGGAACACAGGAGCUCCCGGAUGUCGUUUCACACCGUCCAGGGUUCCAGCGCUUUCUCUGUGCCGAGUACCUGGAUAGCUUGGGCUAG